AUGGGCCAGACUGGGAAGAAGUCUGAGAAGGGACCAGUUUGUUGGAGGAAGCGCGUGAAAUCAGAGUACAUGCGACUGCGACAGCUCAAGAGGUUCAGGCGAGCCGAUGAAGUGAAGAGUAUGUUUAGUUCUAAUCGUCAGAAAAUUUUGGAAAGAACAGAAAUCCUAAACCAAGAAUGGAAGCAGCGAAGGAUACAGCCUGUUCACAUCCUGACUUCCGUGAGCUCAUUGCGCGGGACCAGGGAGUGUUCAGUGACCAGUGGCUUUGAUUUUCCAACACAAGUCAUCCCAUUAAAGACACUGAAUUCCGUUGCCUCAGUACCCAUAAUGUACUCUUGGUCUCCUCUACAGCAGAAUUUCAUGGUGGAAGAUGAAACUGUUUUACAUAACAUUCCUUAUAUGGGGGAUGAAGUUUUAGACCAGGAUGGAACUUUCAUUGAAGAAUUAAUAAAAAAUUAUGAUGGAAAAGUACAUGGGGAUAGAGAAUGUGGGUUUAUAAAUGAUGAAAUUUUUGUGGAGUUGGUGAAUGCUCUUGGCCAGUACAAUGAUGAUGAUGAUGAUGAUGAUGGAGAUGAUUCUGAUGAUGGAGACGAUUCUGAUGAAGGAGAAGAAAAACAGAAAGAUCUGCAAGAUAACAGAGAUGAUAAAGAAACCUGCCCACCUCGGAAAUUUCCUUCUGACAAAAUUUUUGAAGCCAUUUCCUCAAUGUUUCCAGAUAAGGGCACAGCAGAAGAACUAAAAGAAAAGUAUAAAGAACUCACUGAGCAGCAGCUCCCAGGGGCACUGCCUCCAGAAUGUACCCCGAACAUAGAUGGACCAAAUGCUAAAUCUGUUCAGAGGGAGCAGAGCCUGCAUUCAUUUCACACACUCUUCUGUAGGCGAUGUUUCAAGUACGACUGCUUCCUACACCCUUUUCACGCAACACCGAACACUUACAAGCGGAAGAACACGGAAACGGCUCUGGACAACAAGCCUUGUGGACCACAGUGUUACCAGCAUUUGGAGGGAGCGAAGGAGUUCGCUGCCGCCCUCACUGCCGAGCGGAUCAAGACGCCCCCCAAACGCCCAGGAGGUCGCAGACGAGGGAGGCUUCCCAACAACAGCAGCAGGCCCAGCACCCCCACCAUUAAUGUGCUGGAGUCAAAGGACACGGACAGUGACAGGGAAGCUGGGACCGAAACAGGUGGCGAGAACAAUGAUAAAGAAGAGGAGGAGAAAAAAGACGAAACUUCGAGUUCCUCCGAAGCAAAUUCUCGAUGUCAAACGCCAAUAAAGAUGAAGCCAAACAGUGAGCCCCCUGAGAAUGUGGAGUGGAGCGGGGCGGAGGCCUCCAUGUUCCGGGUCCUCAUCGGUACCUACUACGACAACUUCUGCGCCAUUGCCAGGUUAAUUGGGACUAAAACAUGUAGACAGGUGUAUGAGUUUCGGGUCAAAGAGUCCAGCAUCAUAGCUCCCGUUCCUGCUGAGGAUGUCGAUACUCCUCCAAGGAAGAAGAAGAGAAAACACCGGUUGUGGGCUGCGCACUGCAGAAAGAUACAGCUGAAAAAAGACGGCUCCUCUAACCACGUUUACAACUACCAACCCUGUGACCAUCCACGGCAGCCUUGUGACAGUUCGUGCCCUUGUGUGAUAGCACAGAAUUUUUGUGAAAAGUUUUGUCAGUGUAGUUCAGAGUGUCAGAACCGAUUUCCUGGCUGCCGCUGCAAAGCACAGUGCAACACCAAGCAGUGCCCCUGCUACCUGGCCGUCCGGGAGUGCGACCCCGACCUGUGUCUUACGUGUGGAGCUGCUGACCACUGGGACAGCAAGAACGUGUCCUGCAAGAACUGCAGCAUCCAGCGGGGCUCUAAGAAGCAUUUAUUGCUGGCACCAUCUGAUGUGGCUGGCUGGGGGAUUUUCAUCAAAGAUCCUGUACAGAAAAAUGAAUUCAUCUCGGAAUACUGUGGAGAGAUAAUUUCUCAAGAUGAAGCCGACAGAAGAGGCAAAGUGUAUGAUAAAUACAUGUGCAGCUUUCUCUUCAACUUGAAUAACGAUUUUGUGGUGGAUGCAACCCGUAAGGGUAACAAAAUUCGUUUUGCAAAUCAUUCAGUCAAUCCAAACUGCUAUGCAAAAGUUAUGAUGGUGAACGGUGAUCACAGGAUAGGGAUCUUUGCGAAGAGAGCCAUCCAGACUGGUGAAGAGCUGUUUUUUGAUUACAGAUACAGCCAAGCUGACGCCCUGAAGUACGUGGGCAUCGAGCGUGAGAUGGAGAUCCCUUGA